AUGCAGGAGAGACAGCUGGUGAGAGAGAGCGUGGAUGAGUCUACUGGGACCAAAUCCAAAUUCACCCAUGACUCUCUCCCUCCCUCCCUCCCUCCCUCUCCAGUGGCUCAGCAGUUCAGGCCUGUGAGUCAGUGGGACAUGUUGACCCUGCGUUUUGGACAGCAUCCCUUUAAGGCCUCGGCCGUGUUCCUGCAGACUGAGCUGUCCUUUGCUCCGGUCGACGGAAAGCCUGUGGUGCCUGGACACAUCCUCUCAUUACUUACAGUGGAGAGUUUUUGGGAUCUUCGGCUGGAUGAGCUGUCGGAUUUAUUCGGCACCGCUCAGAGAGACGCCGGCCUGGUAGAGAAACACCUCAGUGCCACCUCGCUCACCAUAGCCAUCCAGGAUGGCCCCGAAGCCGGACAAACCGUGAAGCUGGAUUCCAUAGAGUGCUUCUAUGCCAUCUGA